GUGCUGAAGGAUGCAGGGUGUAUUCUACUUCAUCUGUGCCAUUUCAGUGAAUAACCUACUGCUCCGAAAGGAUUUGUGUCAUUGGAGUAAAGGAAUGCAGAUAAGAUAUAAUCUAUCACAUCUUGAACAGUGGUGUCGUGACAUGAGACUACAGAUAAUCAAAAUACUCAAUCUGUAUACAACCAUUGAUGAAUCUGAAGAAUGUGUUCCUGUCAGCUUUAUUUGUAGAAUACAGGCCAAGCUCCUGGAAAGAAGUGAACCUCAGAAACAGGCCACAUUGCUGAUGGACACAAAAUUCAUGUUCCCAGUAAGAUUUCCUUUCAAUCCAUCAAAAAUCAAGCUUGAAGAUAUAGAAGUACCAGAGGUGUUGAACCUACCAAUGCUGAAGAAAGUUUCAACUUGUGAGAGUAGUGUUCAUCAGGAAAACAGAAAUGUGCCCUACUACAAGGUUUACAUAGAUUUCCUUCUGGAGAUCUGGGUUCUGAAGUAA